CGUCCCGUUUCGGCGCCUCCGUCCCGCCCCCCCGGAGCUAGAGUAUCGGUCCUUCCCGUUUCGAAAGGCCGAGGCGGCGGCGACCAGCGCGGGCUCCUCCUUCCUCUCGCUUGACUGGCUCGAGGCGGGCGAUUGGCGGCUGCCGGGACCAGGGCGGCCCCCUCUCGCUUCCUUCUUCCAGAGACUCUUACAUUCGGUGCAAAGGGGAUUUCCACCUAGGGCGUUUCACAGGCUCGGCCGUCGCAGCAGCGAAACUUCUCGGCAAAUCAUGUGUUCCGGCCUGCUGGAGAACUAUGUGGCUGCGAUGGUGCUGAGUGCAGCUGGAGAUGCCCUGGGAUUUUGCAAUAGAAAAUGGGAGUUCCAGCGCAACGGGGAGAAGAUUCACCAAGAAGUGGCUGAAAUGGGCGGUGUGGCCAAAAUCGAUGUGGCAGGCUGGCGGGUCAGCGAUGAUACUGUCAUGCAUUUGGCUACUGCGGAAGCCUUGGCAGCAGCUGGGAAUACAUCAGAUAUCACCCAUUUGUAUAAACUCAUUGCAGCCAACUACAGGGACUGCAUGGAUGACAUGUCUGGACGAGCUCCAGGUGGUACUUGCAUGGAAAAUGCACUGAGGUUGGAUCCGGACAAUCCAGCUAGUUGGAUACCCAACUUCAGUAAAGGAGGCGGCGGCUGUGGAGCAGCCAUGCGUUCAAUGUGCAUCGGACUGAGAUAUCGUCACCCAGAACAACUAGAAACCUUGAUUGCUAUCAGUAUAGAGAGUGGACGCAUGACCCACCACAAUCCUACUGGCUACCUUGGAUCCUUGGCUUCUGCUCUCUUCACUUCUUAUGCUGUGAAUCGUAAGCCAAGCCAUGAGUGGGGGAAAGGGCUGAUGGAGGUGCUGCCAAAGGCCAAAAGUUACAUCAAGAGCUCUGCUUCCUGUGUGGAACAGAACUUGAAGCACUGGAAUUACUUUGAAAGUCAGUGGAAAAAAUACCUGGAAACAAGAGGCAUUUCAGAUGGGAAGUCCCUUCCAUCCUUCCCUGAAGUAUACGGUGUGAAAGAGAGAGAUGAGUUCUACGUGUCCCUGAGUUUCUCUGGCUGGGGAGGCAGCAGUGGACAUGAUGCUCCGAUGAUUGCUUAUGACGCCUUCCUUGGCUCUUCCAACUGGACUGAUCUAGCUAAUCGGGGCUUUUUCCAUGGUGGGGACAGUGAUUCUACUGCAGUUAUUGCUGCCUGUUGGUAUGGGGCAAUGUAUGGCUUCAGAGGGGUUAGUGCAAGUAACUAUAAGGAAAUUGAAUACAGAGACCGACUGGAAAAAGUAGCAAGGGAACUGUAUCAUCUCAGCUUGAACGCAGAGCAGUAAAAUGGUACAGUGGUGCCCCAUUUGACACCC